ACAAAUAAGUUAUCCUAGAGUCAAUGCAUCCAAGGCAAAAAAGAUAAAAACAAGGAAGCAUUAAGAGUUGCAAGUGAAAAGUGAGAUCUCCAAUUAGGUGAGCCACAAGGAGAGGAGGACUCUGAAGAGCCUCAUUUUCCUUCUUCCUAGGAUGAUGUUCCUGAUGUCACGAUCAAUGAUACGGAAAAUAGAGGCUGCCGUCAUGAAGACAUUGUUGUCCAGGAGAGAUUGAUGUUUUUCUAACUACUCCAUCUGAAUUUUGGUGCCCGAGGACUUUGACUACAUGUUAUCCAGACUCGACAGUUUGAUUUGUUCCCGUGGCGCUAUUUUCCACAUGGUCCAUAUUUUUUUGUAGAGAACUGGAGCUUUGGUUAGGUAAUGAUUUUGGCUAUACUACCAGACUGGUCCAGUUUGUGAUGCCUAACACAAAUUAAGUAAUUGUAAGUCUUAUAUAUAUAGAUAUGUAUAUAUAUUAAUAUUAGUAUCAAUCAAAUAAAAUUCUAUUUAAUAGUCUAUGAAUUUUAGCUUCAUUUGUCUGUUGCAUCACCUAAUCUGGCGCCGAUUUCAUCAGCUACUCUGUUUGGCAAAACCUAGGGUUUCAAUUAAGCAUCAUGUUUGAAGUUUGGCUUCUACUACUUCACCAAGACACCAACGACAUGCUCGUUAGACCUUUAUAUAUCUUUUUGGGUUUAACCUUUGUAUAUUUUUGAAUCUUAAUAUAUAUAUAACAUUACCAAAUUUUUGUCUAUGAAGUUUAAAUAUAAGUUUGAAUAUAAAUUUAAGAAACAAUAGUUUAGUCAAGUAGUCAACUAAUAUUCAUUUUUUUCUUUCCAAACCCCACUGACACGUCACACGCCAUAUAGCCGAUAGGGCUCACGCGUCUUGGCAGAUAUGUGGACUCCAUAUGUGCUUAAACAUUGAUCAUGGAUAAUGUUCUUUACCCAAAUGGUCAUAGUGGACUCGUCUUUGUAGAAAGUGUUAGGAAUAUCGAAAAAGAGAAUGUUAAGAUAAAAUAAGGACGAGUACAACCCUUAAAAGUUUUCCCUUUUUUGGGCUUUAGUUUCUCUCUCGCUAAGUAUCCUUUUUUAGUGAGUGGAGCACAGCUGUCUUUCUAAAAGUGACACGUCCACCACAAAACUUAUCUCUUCUGGUAGUUUUGCGGUGUAAUCUUCAAAAAUCUAGGGUUUGUUCAUAACUUUUACCGGCGGAGAAGUUGAAUUUCCAGAAAUUUCUGUAAAAUCAAGAUGUCAUACGCUAUGGAUAAAGCGUUGAUGGCUCUAUCGUUGGAAGAGGAAGAUGAACCGUUCGAUAUGCCUGAUCUUCCACAGUACAAAUCGUGUGAAAGAAACUCCCGAAGUAUUAUCGGAAGGAUUCUUAAUCCAGACUGCCAGAAGAUGCCGGGUUUGAUUCGCGAGAUGCCAAGAACGUGGCAGAAGCAAGGGAAAGUUAGAGGAAUAGCUUUGUCCAAGGAACAGUUCCAGUUUGUUUUUGAUCAUGAACAUGAUCUGCUGGAGGUUCUAGAAAAAGGUGUUCAUACCUUCAACGACUGGACUUUAGUGAUUGAUCGAUGGGUGGAGAAGCCUCCUGAGGAUUACUUACAGUUCAUCCCUUUAUGGGUUCAAAUCAGAAAUCUCCCUGUCAAUUAUUAUACGAAGGAAGCUAUUACCGCUCUUGGUGAGAAGAUAGGUGCAGUCAAGGUGGUUGCUUUUGAUCCUGACAAGCCACAAGUGCAAGACUAUGUAAGGAUCCAAGUACGAUUCGAUGUCUCCAGACCACUACGGAAAUCAAAAGUUGUUAAUCUUCCGGAGGGAGGCUCUGCAGUGGUUCUCUUUAACUAUGAGAGAAUAAGGAAGCGAUGCUAUGAAUGUCAAAGAUUGAACCACGGAAAAGAUAUUUGUCCACUUCUGAAUAGGAAUCGGGAGGCUGCUGCUCUGAGGAGUAAGCGGGUUAUCAUGGACAGUCACAGAAAUGAAGUCAUCUUGCAUCAAGACGAUCCUCUGUUUGGGGUUCUUUCUGAAGAUCAAGUUGGAAUUUGCAAGAUGACAGGAAGAAGGAAAAUAGCGCCAGAGGUUUUGGAAGAAAUGAGAAGAUAUUUAUUAAUGGCAACAGAGGAAGAUAAGAAGAUUAGAAUUGACCGGGUCAGAUCAUCAGUAGCUGAAGCGGAGAAGGACCCUUUUCUGCAGAAGACAAUGUUGCGCCUAGAAACUGCUCCGACCUUUACCAAUCAAAUUGACAGAGGAAAGGGUGUUGUCUAUGAUUUCGACCUUAAUACUUCCGUUGAGCCAAGAUUGGAAGACAAAGAUUCUGCUGACAAACUGAUGGCUUCUGCAAUCAAAGCUAAUAUCGCAGGUAGCUUGGUUCAUCGCUGGGAAGAUUUGAGGGUAUCAGAUAGAAAGGCGGAUCUUAGGAGUAUUGUUCAUCAGGCCUUCCUUCCUCAUGAACCUUCCUCGUCAAGGGUGUCAGAGAGAGGUCAUGAUUCGACAGCAAGCUUACAUGGGAACUCUACGGAAUAUGGUCCUGGAUACUUUGUGUCCAAGCCAUCCGGGGUUGUCCACAAAAGCUCUAAAUCGAGGAGAAGACCUUACAUCAAGAAAAGACGUGAACAACAAGGUCAGUCAUCAGGAAUUCUUCACCAGUUCUACGGUGAAAACGAAGGAGCAGAGAAGCUCGGUUCUAAAAGAAAGGCGGAAGACGCUAUUUUGAAGGGUGACAAAAUGGCGCGACUCAAAGAAUCAAGGGUGGUCCCAAUGGAGGGACCGCCGAAGCCUCAAUGAGCUUUAUCUCCUGGAAUUGUCAGGGCCUGGGGCGG